CGCGUCACCGCUAGUCGUACUAGUAGAUCGUUUUGCAUGAGGCAAGGAUGACAGAAAAGAUGAUCGAGAAAUAGAAUGACAAGUUCAUAAACAGAUCUUUCUUCAUCAUCUUUUUCUGUGAAAAUGCAGAAAGCAAAACUUCGUUCAUUUCGUCGCGCGUUAGAGACGUCACGAUGAUUCUAAUCAGAACGGCGCAGGCGUCGAAGGAGCUGCCUUAUCAACCGAGAUGACGUUCCAGCACAGGGUCUCGCCUUGGUCGCAUCCGAGGAGUCGUGAAAAUGCCGGGGAACACCUUGCGGCCGGACGACUGUCGCGUGUGAUCGUUCGUGUGUGAACCUCCCGAGUGUCCUGUGCACGCCGGAGCACGUUCGAUCGGAGAGUCCACUGGAAAAUCGAGGAUUGCGCUUCACGACGUAAAAUGGAGAUAUUACUCGUGAUUCCCAUCGAGAAGGCUCUCCGGAGAUGUUGCGGAGACGUCGAACGCGACAGCGUCCGGUAUCCUUGAAGGAGAGAUGCACUUUGCGAAGAUGCACGGGUGACAAAGCACAGGACAGGCCACGACAAAAUGUUGAUCAAGGAGUAUCGCAUACCGCUACCUCUCACGGUAGAGGAGUAUCGAAUCGCUCAGCUGUACAUGAUAGCGAAAAAAUCUCGAGAGGAGAGCAAAGGCGCCGGUAGCGGCGUGGAGAUCCUCGAGAAUGAGCCGUACACCGACGGUCCGGGUGGCAGCGGGCAAUACACACACAAGCUCUACCACGUGGGCAGUCACCUGCCAGGGUGGCUGAAGAGUCUGCUGCCCAAAUCGGCGCUAAUCACCAAGGAGGAGGCGUGGAACGCCUAUCCGUACACCAAGACUCGCUUCACGUGCCCGUUCGUGGAGAAGUUCUACGUCGAAAUAGAGACGUACUACUUCCCGGACGACGGCCACCAGGAGAAUGUCUUCAAUCUCAGCGGCAGUGAUUACAGGAACAGGAUCGUGGACGUGAUCGACAUCGUGAAGGAUCAGCCGUACGGGGCCGAUUAUCUGAAGGAGGAGGAUCCGAAGCUCUAUGUGUCGGAGAAGAGCGGCAGGGGUCCGCUGGAGGAUACGUGGCUUGAGGAUUAUUGGGCCGAUGUGGAAGGAAAGCAACAGCCAACGCCGUCGGGAAAGUCACUAAUGUGCGCGUACAAGCUAUGCCGAGUAGAGUUCCGUUAUUGGGGCAUGCAAACGAAAUUAGAAAAGUUCAUACACGACGUAGCUCUGCGGAAGGUGAUGGUGCGGGCGCACAGGCAGGCCUGGGCCUGGCAGGACGAGUGGAUCGGUCUGACGAUGGAAGACAUCAGGGAGAUCGAGCGGCAGACACAGCUUGCGCUGCAGCGGAAGAUGGGCCUGAGCGAUUCGACGGACGAGGAGCUCGACGGCGAGGGUCAGGAGACGGGCGCGACGGCGUCGGCGGCGACGAACGCCGCGUCGCAGAAGUCGGAGGCCGCCAAGACGCUGGCGGUCACUCUUGGCAGCAUCGAGAAAAACGAGGAUGCGCAGAGCCCGCCGUCCCUCAGGAAGCCGUCCGACAUUCCCAUCAUCAACACCGCGGCUAGCUCCGAGGGCGAGAUCAGCCCCGAGGACUCGCCGGUCGAUCUCAACGAAAUCAAAACCGCGAUCGCCGAUGAUAAAGCGAGCGCCAAAAAAGAGUGGAGGAAGAACGUAUCCCUGCAUUCGCCGAAUUCCAACAAGAGCUUCGACAUUCAAAUCGCGAACUGGAGGAUGGAGAGCAUCGUGAGGGAGUCCGAGUCCGGCAGCGACGACGAGUUCUUCGACUGUCAAGCCGGGUUCAUUAUACCUGUUAUACGCAAAGAGGACUUUGAAGAUAGCUCUUCAUUAGCUAAAUGGAGUUCUUUGGAUCUUCUAGCAGAAGGGGAGGACAUGACUGUGCAGACACCAUCCGCAGCGAACGAACAAGAAGAUACAAUAUUUUCACCUUCAUAUCUGAAACGCGUCGUCAGCGAACGCAGCAGUAAGAGAUUACAGAUCACCACAUCGGCCAGCAUCGACGUGUCAUGUCCAACAUCCCCUCAGCAUUCUCCCACGCAUCAACCGUGCAAAAUUACUGUUCUAAUUAUAGUGGUACACGGCGGCAGCGUUUUAGACGCUAAUGUCGAUUUAACGGCGAAAAAGUCCGAUAUAACGACAUUCCGUGGAGCCUUUGAAUCCGUUAUGAGACAACAUUAUCCAAGUAUGGUUGGGCAUGUGUCUGUUAAAUUUGUCGCCUGUCCUUCCGUUUGCACCGAGGGCCUUGGAAUUUUGUCAAGCUUGAGUCCAUACAGCUUCGAUGUAUCGCCUUCGUGUAUGGACGCUCCGCAAGUGACGCACGAUACCAUUCCGAUUGGCGCGAUUCCACUGCUGGUGAGCUCGAGUUCCGACUAUCAGGACGCGGUAUCGCGUGUGGUGAUGAAUGCCAACCAGGUGUACCACGAAUUCAUCAAGAGCGACGAGGGCAAAGGUUUCAUCGGACAAAUUUGCUUCGUGGGCGACUCGGUAGGGUCGAUCCUGACCUACGACGCCCUGUGCAGGGCGACGCAGCACUCAAGGCACAGCAGCGAAAACAGCAUCCUGGAGGGCAGCGGUCAGCAGAGCAAUGACAACGGUGGAAACGAAGACGGCAAGCAUUUGUCCGCACCGUCUCCCAGAAGAAGGUCUUCCGGCACGAGUGACAAUCCGCAUCAUACCAAGCUGGACUUCGAAGUGGGUGACUUUUUCACUUUCGGCAGUCCGCUCUCACUGGUCCUGGCUUACAGAAAGAUUGCUGCAUCCGCUGACAGGAACAGCUUCAUACCCAGACCGUUAGUCAAUCAGAUGUACAAUCUGUUUCAUCCCACGGAUCCCGUGGCUGCGAGAUUGGAGCCUUUGAUCUCGGCGAGGUUCUCGUUAAUUCCGCCGGUCAACAUCGCCCGAUAUCAAAAGUAUCCGCUCGGCAACGGCCAGCCUUAUCACUUGCUGGAAACUAUCCAGACGAACCCGCAGCUAUUCGCUGACGGAUUGAACGUUCCCAAUAUACAAUUGUCGCAUUUAAGAAGAUUAUCCGAUAUAUCGCUUCAAAGUACAAUGUCGGGCAUUAUCGAUAAUGUUCCUCUGCAGGCGGUGUCUGCCCUGACUCAAAAAUGGUGGGGCACCAAAAGGCUAGAUUACGCGCUUUACUGUCCAGAGGGUCUCGCUAAUUUUCCUACAAACGCCUUGCCGCAUCUCUUCCAUGCUAGUUAUUGGGAGUCUUCGGACGUGAUCGCGUUUAUUUUGAGGCAAUUGGGCAGAUUCGAUUUGCCAUUGCUUGGCAACGACGAGAAAGAUCUCAGCUUCCGUCCAGGUCAACCCAGAGAAAAAUGGAAUAAAAAGCGUACCUCCGUUAAACUUAAGAAUGUUGCUGCCAAUCACAGAGCGAACGACGUCAUCGUGAGGGAAGGCGCGCCACAAAUACUAAUCGCUAGGUUCAUGUACAGUCCUAUUGAUAUGAUAACUUUAACAGGCGAGAAAGUGGAUAUCCACAUUAUGAAAGACGCACCGGCAGGCGAGUGGACAUACAUCUCCACCGAAGUAACUGACAAAAAUGGUAGAGUAAUAUACAAAAUACCAGAUGACAAAGCGCUAGGCUACGGACUCUACCCAGUGAAGAUGGUUGUAAGGGGAGAUCAUACAUCCGUAGAUUUUUUCGUGGCUGUGAUACCACCGAGAACCGAAUGCGUGGUUUUUAGCAUAGACGGCUCAUUCGCCGCCAGUAGGUCGGUGAGCGGGAAAGAUCCGAAAGUUUGGGCUGGUGCCGUCGACGUUGUGAGGCAUUGGCAAGAACUGGGUUACCUCAUUAUUUAUAUUACUGCGAGACCGGAUAUGCAGCAGCAGACAGUGGUUUCCUGGCUGUCGCAGCAUAACUUUCCUCACGGUCUCGUCUCCUUUGCCGACGGCCUGUCCAGGGAUCCGCUCGCUCACAAAGCCGCCUACUUGAAUAAACUUGUGAAGGAGCACGGCAUGCUAAUCCAUCAGGCGUAUGGCAGCGAGAAGGACAUCAGCGUGUACACGGCGAUAAAUCUGAAACCGAGCCAGAUCUUCAUUAUCGGCAAGGUAUCCAAGAAGCAUCAAGUCCUGGCGACAAUACUGUAUGACGGCUAUGCCGCUCAUUUGAGCAUGCUGCAGGCGCACGGGGGUUCGCGUCCUGCCCAGGGCAACGCGCGUAUGGUGAUUCCCAGAGGUCAGUUCGGCUUGCCGGGACAGAAUCCCUCCCUGCGUCGACGAAGCUCUUUUAGGAUGACGAAACGUGCGAUCUCGCAACCACCCUUAGGCAAGGCACCCUUCCCGCUGGAGCGGUCCACGAGCGUGGGCCCGCCUGCAUCGACGGCAUCAACCAAUGUUCAACAAUCAGCAUCAACCGAGAAACUCUGACGAUUUGCACGCUGCCGCUCGUUCUUCGAAUCCCGGCGGUAGCUCGUGAAGAAAGGACACGAUUCCUGGUUCCGUAGUUCCUUCAUUUUGUAAAUCCUGAUUUUGUACAAUGCUCUUCACGCCGAUAGAUUUUCACGCUGUGAAUCAUGGUUUGUUUUACAGAUUUGUGAUCAUUCCUGUGCUCUCUGUCCUUUGGUGACGUAGAUAUUACUGUCUUAUUUCAUGCUCCUUUCGCUGAUUUGCGAUUUUUAUUUCUUUCAAACAUUUUUAUUCCUUUGUUUACUGUCCUUUUCAGAUUAUUCUACCAAUAUUAGUUUACAAUAAUUCUUUUCUUCAGAUUUCGUUUCACACAUUUAUGUGGAGUUUCAUAACGCCUGCACUCGCUAGAUCCUUAAUUCCGUGAAUCCUUGUACAGCUCGUAUUAUUUUGUUAUACAAAGAGUAGGGCGUGUUAUUCCAAUAAAUAAAUUUCUAUUACGUGCGUGUGUGGUGCAAAGGAGACUUUCUUUUAUAUACUUUGCGUCAUUUUUUGUAUCCACAACUUACCAGCAAUCUCACUCUCUUACGCUUACAUGGAAUGACGAAUAUUCGUGUAUUCUCAGUUUCUUCGAUUUACUUCAAGCGAGUGACGCAAAGGUAUGAAUGGAGAACGUCAAUGGGAUCUUGUUUAGUGGAAUAAUGCGUCGAGAAUGAGAUAACUUGUUGAAAACUGUUACCUGAGUCUCCCUGUUGUUAUUAAGGAGAAGUAACGUAAUAUUACCUGUAACACUGACGCUUAGAGUUAAUUAGCGUAAGAUCUGUUAGUACUCUACUCAGUGCCAAACGUUAGAGAGAGACGUAAUACGUAAUGCUCUGCAAAGUCCGCGCCAAAGUUCUUUCAGGGCUACUUCCUCGCGUGGGAUACUCAUAUCGCUCUGGCAGAUGUAGUCGCGAAGCAAAAGGAGAGUGUGUCUCGUAAAUCACGAAAUCACAGGUGGUACUUGUUACACGCGAUCCCACCCGUUUGACUUCACGAUUUUAUUUGUACCAAGGAGAUCUUUCGACACCGUGAUAAUCAAACAAAUAUUUAUUUAUCCGCAAACACAGACUGAAGAAAAUGCACGGCAUAUUCUAUUAAAUUAAUCGAUAAGGUGAAUAUAUUUGUAUUGAACAAAAUACUAAUUAAGAUUUAUUGGUAACUUUGAGAAAAAAAUAACAAAUGCGAAUUAUUUAUAGCACGCGAUAACGAAUCAAGUAACAAUACCGCAUAAUUUGAAAUAAUGAGAAAGGCAUUUUUUACACGUUAUUGUCUCUAAAUUGAUAGAUUUCUUUUUUACUUGAUAUCUUUUCUUAUAGGGCAGUGUUUCAGGAGUGUUUUUCUGAGAAUAUAACGCGUAUAUCGAGAAACGGCAUUUAGCUGCGAAAGCGAGCGUGUGUCGUUGUUAAUCAUAAGACGAAGCAUCGAUAUUUAGACGCGAUAAGCGGUACAAAAACUACUUCUCUCUUAUUACAUAUAGUCGCGUAAAGCUGUAGCUGGUGAUGUAAAUAUGUUAGACGCUGUGUAAAUAAUUACGUUGCCCGCGUGGAUCGUGUUAGAAAUGAGAUUAUAUUUACAUGACUAGCUGCUGUAGGUGCUUCGUCGACGAAAAAUGUGGCGAGAGAACUGUGCGCGUCGGAGCUGCACGAAUUAAUUUCGAUUCCCGAGAUACGGGAUUCCAUUUUCUUCCAUUCCGAUUUUACUCACAGAUCUCGGAGGAGCUCUUGUAGAAAUCUGAUCGACGUUCAUGGAAGAAAAGAAACGCUCACUCGUCUCAGCUCCGAAUCGCACUGACGUGAGUGUGGGAACAGGAGUGACAUAAUCAAUGGUACUUUAUUACGCUUAAAUCUAUCACAAUCAACGUUAGAAAGUGGUAAAAUCUUUUCUAUAGGCGCGAUUCGAUGUACACGGUGUCCCAAGUCACAAUUAUUCUUGCGGCGAACGUUAUUUCACGCCGUCUUAUGGUUGAUCUUUUCGAGUGAAAAUUUUAUCAAGGAUUCUAUUUUUUUUUACAAUAUUUACUUUUUACGUGUUUCCAAGAUAUAUUUGAAUUUAUAAUCUCGAUUAUUGAGUGGUAAAUUAAUGGUUGCAGGUACAAUUAAUAUUUUAAUCCGCAGUUGUUUCAUAUUUUUAUGUAUACUCUUGUCAUAUAUUUACGGGUAUUUUUAUAUGUAUAUUUUAAAUUUAUUAUUAUCAUUAAUAUUAACUUCUUCUUAUAGAUAGAGAUAAUAGAGCUGGGGAGGUUUAAAUUUUCAGUUACGCGCGAUUAGUAAAUUACGGUGAAGCGAGUAAUACGGCGGCGUUUCGCUAGCAAUUCCCGUCGCUCUCGGGACAUCUUGUAGAGCAGAAUCAAGCGCGACGAGGGAGACGGAGAUUAAUUUGUUGCCAUCGUGUGUCUCUCGAUGAUCCUCUCGCCGUGUUAAUCUCCCGAUCCUGACACAAGGAAGCAUUACGUAUUGCUCAAAACGCUAUAUUAGCUGUGGUACUUGCAUUACGCGAGUUAACAUUAUCAUUAACAUUGACUGUUUGUAUUGUUGUAAUAUGGCACGAGAAGAAUAGCUCUAUAUAUAUAAAUAUAUAUAUAUAUAUAUCUAUAUCUAUAAAUAUAAAUGAGAAAAUUACGUAUACAUAUACAAGUUGCGAACUUGGGGAUAUACAUGAUUGCAUAUGUACACAUAAUAUGUAUAUAUGUACUUCUACGGGAUGUCCGUGAAAUUCUGCGUCGGAAAGCGCUCUGUUCUCUCACAUAGCGCAAAAUCUUGCAGAAGCUGCAAAGUUUGCGCUGUACUGAUUCAGUCUUCGGUGCAGCUUAUCUGUUCUUCGAGUAAUUUUGCAUCGUUGUCGACGAUGAAAGUUGCCCGAGAAUAAAAAGGAGAAAAAGUGGACACGCGCUGUUGUCAGAAAUUUCCUUUCUAAUGCUUGAAACCGUAAAAUUACGUAUCAAUAUUCAAUUGCUUUUAAUUAGAGUUAAAUAAUUAUUUUCAAAUUGAAGGCUAAAGCUAAUUGAUUAGAACAAAAACUUGUUGAUUGCGAUUAAGUAUGAUCUAACAGCUCCAUCCUGAUCAAUUCGGCGGAGAUUUGUAAAAGAUUUGUGGCGCAGGAAACAUUAAAUCACCCGCGGGACUGAAUUGCAGCGAUUUCUAUGUGGCGCACGAUUUGACGGACAUCCUUUAGACACGUAAGCGACUGCAAGAGAUAUUUUACUUAUAUAUUAUAUGGACGAACGAUCACUAUACUGACCGAUAACGAGAGUUAUAUUUUUGUUAGCGUAACAUAAAGUGACGUAUUGUAAUAAAAACUAAUCGCAGAUCAUUGUUUUGUAUUACGCGCUCUCGCUCUAGUGUGUAACAAUUGUUUUAUAUAUACAUUUAUGUAUAUAAUAAUGUUGACGACUGGUUCGACAGUUUAUCUGAGAUCGAACUCGCCGCAGCGAGCUACCCGUUUCUUUUCCUAGGUAAGGGAGAUGAGGGAGAUGACGCUUAGCGGACAAAACUGUAUUCCACUUCCUUCAUUGGAUAUUAAUAAAUGAUAUAUCAUUGUCGUUUAA